AUGGAUCCAAGGUCAAGUGACGCGCCGGAGCCUGGCGCUCCUUGGCGGGCGCUCGACUCGCUUUCCGUUUCUGGCGACAAAGCCUGCGCACCGCAGCCUUCGUCACCACAACAGUCGAAUUCUCAACCACCCACUCACUCUGAUCAACUGCAGGAAGUGCUAGGUCUCGCGGAAGACGUUGCGACAGACAAACUGCAUCUCACACCAGAUGAUGAACCCAUCAAAUUCACGAUUUCUCAAGAGUCGUGGUUGAAACUGCAAGAAGACCCCAACUUUGACUUGUGCACAGAACGGAACAUAUUUCGAGUCUUCUUCGACAGCUCGCGCCGACUUGUCACUAUUAUGCCUCCUCCGAGUCAAAGACACCAGUCCUUUAUUCGUUUCCUUACGAAACUAGGGUACAAGACUAUAUUUGAUACAACACCUACUCUCGCGUCUAAGAUCUUGAUCGACACUGGUAUGGUUGUUCAAACAAUCACAGGAGAGUACGAGUCCUCGGAAAAAGUACCCGACUUAGUUGUCAAAUGGAAAAAGGAUAUGUACAACAUCGGAGAUCACACGAUUGUCGAAGUGGGCAAUACCCAACCCCUAAAUGAUCUCCGAUAUCUCGCCCGGUUAUAUUUAAACGGUGAUACGCAUAUUCAACGUGUUAUCCUCAUCGAUAUCACCGAAACACCAAGAUUUCGAUCUCUAAAGUCUAUCGAUACCUCUCAGGAGUUUCGUAGAGACGAGAGAACAGGUGCAAUUUGGUUCGGAAACGUUAAGGUAGUUGGGGAGACGAAAAUUCUGUGGGAGGUGUGGGAAAGAGAUACUGCUGGUGUUCCGCAGCCGACCUUCCAGGAGGUUUUCGCGUUCGGCGAGAUGCCGUCAAGAAGCCUUCCUUUCUUGACAAUCACCAGCGAAGGUGUUUAUGGCGACGCGACGACUUGGAGGGGGGUGGAUACUUCUAUCACGCCACAGAUGAUCAAGAACUUCUGGAUGGAGAAUUGGGCUAAUUCUAGUUAUGAAGACGCUAGGCGACGGAUGUUUCCGCUACUAGAGACCUAUGCUCGACUAACCGCGACGAAUGACUACCGAGUCCGGAGGCGCACCAAGGAACCCACUGGGUCUUACUACGCCGACUUUGACCGCGAGUCUGACCAGUAUCUGCAACGCCAGCAGUUCCACCUUCUGUAA